UUCAUGUCUUAGCAGUAGGUCAGAAUCUCUCAUUUCUAAUCAAAAUAAAGCCACUUUUCCUCUCUCCACUUUUUACCUUGGAAGUUCCUUUUGUGAAGUCGGGUUUUGCAGCAUUGCACUCCCCUACCCCAUAGGCUUUUUCCUGCCCAUAAUCCCCAACACCCAUUAUAAAGGAAGGAAGACAUUUAGUCAUGAUUCGCUUAUGGGCUUAUACCGAGAGUCAUGGACAUUGAAUUCCAAGAACCCAUGUUUCAGUGCCCCUCACAUCCUUCUCAGGAGGUUGUGGGUAUUUGUGCCUCCUGCUUAAGAGAUCGCCUCUAUUGCCUCAAAAGAAAGAACAAAUUACGCAGACCUUCCUUCCAAAAUAUCUCUUACAGUUCUGAUUCAGAUUCUUGUCUAGAGUUUGAUGAGAUCAGGCUUGAGAAUUUUGAUCAUCCUGUAGAGAAGAAGGAGAUCGUUGGAAGAAAAAAGUUUCUCUGGCUCACCAAAAAUAAAAAUCCUCGCACCUCCACCCAAAAGGAUAAAAGAACGUUCUUUUCGCUCAGGUCAAUCUUUCACAGGUUGCGGAGACAUAAACAAGAGGCCAAACCGGAUAUCUGCAUUAGCCAUGAAGAUUCGUUCAUCUCUAUCAAGCUGGAUGGCGACAAUGAAAGGAGUCAAUGGGAGUGCAGGACGGUGGGAUCGUCAGCAAGGAGCAGCAGUGUGUGUGAAGGGAUUGGGAAAGGGCCUUUUUAUGAGCCUGGAGUGAUAUUUAAGAGAUCCUCUUACACCAUUGAGAAUGACAAUGACAUGCAAAAAGAGGAGGAGGAGGAAGAAGAAGCAGCAGCAGCAGCAGCUUCAAGCACCACUCCUGCUGUGAGAUGGAGGACAAGAAUGAAUGCCCUGGUUCGCAUGAAGUGCAGAGUGCAAGACAAAGUGUUCAACGAUUCAAAUUACUGUCAUAAUCAUAAUCAAUAUCCCAAUCCAAAGAUGUGGUCUCUUUCUUCACUCUAUAACAAUUAUCACGAGUCUCGGCAUUGCAUUAGAAGUUCAAAUGGUACGAAGAAGAGUUGGUUGAGAAAUUUGACUAGUCCCAAGUGGAGCCUCCAUUAAAGCUAAUGUUCAUGUUCAUUGCUGUGAAGGCUGUCAUGGCCCCCACACACACAUUUAUUUCAACGAGCACCAUGGUUUUACAUUAUUCUCAACUUUGUUUUCUUGUGUUUGCCAUACAUGGCGUUAAAGGAAAACAGUUUGCUAUAAAGACUGUAAAGGAACUAUUAUUGGCUUUCUUCCACCUACUUACGAUGGCUUGUCCUGCAACUUUUGUCAACAUCACUUUGAAGAGUAUCUUUGAAAAAAGUUGUGAACACAACAGGUACCUACAUCACUUUUCAUCUGCACCUCACUUGAUGGAUAUGGCUUAUCUUUCCAACUUGGAACGCACGUCCAAUAAAUACUGUACAUAAUGUGUUUACCA